AUGUCUGUUGAAAGUGAUAUAUUUUCAAAUAAAUCAUAUCUUAAAGAAAUAAAUAAAAAUUUUUGCUAUUUAAUUGAAUUAAUUCAAUCAACGUGUAAACCAUUAGUAUUAUCUUCAAAAGAAUCAUUAGCAAUAAAAGAUAUAUCAUUUGAAUAUUUACAAGAAUUUAAUGGAUCAAAUCAACAACGACAAAUUGAUUUAUUAUCAAUGAUUAAUGAUUUAAACAAAUUAUGGUUAUUUUUAUCAUUUAAUCCAAUAUCUUAUGAUUCUCAAAACUUUAUCGAAGAACUUUAUCAAUUAACAUUGAAUUCAUUUCGAGUUAAACAACAUUUAGCAUAUCAUUGUGAAGAUUUUCUAUUAAUAUUGUCGGUUUGUUAUGAUGAUGAUCUUCGAUUUGGCUCUUUAAAAAUAUUAAGUUUAUUGAUAAAUGAUAUUCAACCAGUUAAUAAAGAAAGACUUUUAUAUUUAAAUCGAAUAUGUUAUGAAUGUCUUUAUGAUUUUUAUAUUUAUUAUGAAAAAAUUAAACUUUUUACUAUCGAAUCAAUUAUAAUUGAUUUGACAAAAGACGAUAUUGAUCAUUUAAUUAAUCAACAAGUUAUUCGAAAAAGUUUAGAAGAAAAAAUCGUCGCAUCAAUAGAAGACUUAGGAGGAUAUGUUUUCAUUAAAAUGCAACGAAGUCCAAAAGAUGCUUAUCAAAAUCUUUGUAAAGAAAUCAAUGGUGAAUGGUCUCGUUAUUGGAAUUUAAAAUUAGAUGAAGAUCCACGUUUAUAUUUUCUGAGAGUUGAAAAUAUCGAACAAUUAAAAUUGCUAUUCAAAACAAGUGAUCGUCUUCGAGAAGAUUUUCAACAAAUACAUUCGAAUGGAAAAUUAAUAGUACGUCGAUGGAUUAAUUCAAUUGGAAAUGAAUAUCGAUGUUUUAUUUGUAAUCAAAAAUUAAAUGCUGUUUCAUCAUAUCAAGUUAAUCAACAAAUAAUUAAUAACGAAAAACAAAUAAAAGAAUUAAUUAAUUCAAAUAUAUUUAAAGAUAUUAUUUUUAAAAUUCCAUAUAGUCAUGCUGUUGUUGAUUGUUAUAUUGAUCUAAUUAAUUCUAAAGUAACUAUUAUAGAAAUUAAUCCAUUUGGUAAACGAUCAUCAGCUGCUAACUUUUCUUGGAUUAUUGACAAAUAUAUUUUAUAUUAUUAUUAUGAAAAUAAUCAAUCUGUCUUUAUUAAAUUCUAA